GUCUUGCCUUGUACAAAGGAAGCUGGUUGUUACGUUUCAAGUUCAAUCAUUCCAGCAACAGAGCAGGACUGUAGUGAAAUUUAAAAAAAAACUUGCUGAGUUGGUUCGUUUUGCUUCCUUGUACAGUGCUGGGCUUCUUGUUUUCUCCAUUAUCACAUGAAGCUAAAAGUUACAUUUCCUUUUUGUUAAUGACAAUGUCAGCGACUUGGACUGAUUUAUACCAGAGAAGUUAUUUACUUCACAUCCACUCUUCUCUGAGCUGAACCAGUGAAGCUUCCCUGGUGGUCCUGUGCCACAACGUUCGCCAGUGGAAUUCAUCAGCAGAGUGCAGAUUUGUGCUCGGAACAUGAUUUCCAAAUGGUUUUUGGGUAUUCUGACUCUGUGCACUUUUGCGACUUGCUCUUGUGAUUGUGAAUUCCAAAAAGAAGACUUUGUUUGUAACAAAAGAUCCAUGAAGGAAAUGCCAGCGAAUAUACCUUCCAAUGUAACUGAAAUACAUGUGAUGAAUACUAAUAUUAGCACAUUAAGAUCUGGGGCCUUUAAGAAUUAUCCUGCAACAGUGAAGAGGAUUGAUUUUAUGAAUAAAUUACUAUCGACGAUAGAAAUUGGGGCCCUGGAUGGUCUCCGUAAUCUCAUUCAUCUUGAGGUAGAUGGUAGCCAACUGGAAACAUUGAAUGUUGGGGUUUUUGACAACCUUCCACAACUGAAGAAUCUCUUCCUGACAACAAAUCGUAUUAAGAAUCUAGAAAAGGGAUUAUUUGAUAAACUUCUGAAAUUAGAGGAACUGCGUUUGUUUGACAAUAGCUUACACGAGAUUCCAAGUGGAAUACUUGACAAACUUUCACAGCUUCAAAAAUUGCAUAUUGGAGGAAAUCAGAUAAAGAAUCUUCCUCCACGAAUAUUUGAUAACGUUAGAAAACUCAAAGUUCUUCGACUUCACAAUAAUCAGAUUGCUAAUCUUACAACAGGUAUUUUUGACCAUCUCUCAGACCUCACUGAGCUUUCUUUGGGUAGGAAUAGUAUUUCACAUCUCCCAGCUGACAUUUUUUCUAAACUUAUUAUGUUAGAAAAGUUGUAUUUGGAGUCAAACUCCAUCACAGAACUUCCUGAAGCAAUUUUGAACAAUUUGACAAAAUUAUCUCGCUUGAAGCUGGACUCUAACAUGAUCUCCAGUCUUCCUGCUAAUGUAUUUGAUUUCACUGCAAAACUCAUUGAACUUUCCUUGACAGAAAACAAUCUUCUCUCUCUUCAUGAUAAUAUGUUCAGUAAACUGUCUAACCUGCUUAAACUUCUACUGAGCAAGAACCAGAUCUCAACUAUUGGAAAGAAAGCUUUCAGUGGCCUUAAACAUUUGAGUGAUCUUCAGCUGCAAGGAAACAAUAUUAACACGUUGGACAAUGAAGUUUUUGAAAAAUUAUCCAAGUUGAAAAAGCUGAAUCUUGCCAAUAAUCAGUUGUCUAAUAUACCUAACGGAACCUUUAAUAAUUUGCGAUCUCUUUCUUCCCGUGGACUCGACCUGCAGAAUAACCCCUUUGUUUGCGACUGUCAAUUAAUAUACCUGAGAAAGUGGAUGAAGGCAAAUGAAAGGAGAGUAAAAUCAGCGAGUAAAUUGUUAUGUGACAGUCCUGUUGAUAGAGCUGGAUUGACUAUUCUAUCUUUAAAAGAGGAAGAAUUUAUCUGUUUAACUACAACGGCACUAACUACUAUUCCACAAGUUUCAACUUUGAUGACUACUUUAUUAACUGCCGUGAAUAUCUUUACAACAGAAGGAAUUAUCACACCAGAAACUUCAAAUCCUAUUGUGACUACAGUGUUAACUACUCCCAGUACAACAGAACUCACAACAGGACAGACAUCCACAUCUGGCACUUCAACACAUAUUACGACUACAGUAUUAUCUACUCCCUGUACCACAAAGACUACAGAACAGAGCAGCACACCAGAAAUUUCAACACCUAGUUUGACUACGGAGUUACCCACUCCCAGCACAACUGAACUAACAGAACAGUCUACCACACCAGAAAUUUCAUCACCUCGUUUGACUGCGGAGUUAUCAACUCCCAGUACAACUGAAUUAACAGAACAGACCACCACUCCAGAAGUUUCAACUACGACUAAAACUAUGAGUAUACCCACAACCAAAAUUUCUACAACUCAUAGUAUGACAACCGAACAAGCAUUUCACAUGCAUUGGACAUCCUCAAUAACUUGGAUGACAUCAAUGGCUAAAGUAAUAAGCGCAAAGGUGAUCUUCAAUUCAGUACUUCUUACCAAAUAUACUUCAGAAACACCAACUGAAAACACCUCUAUACCAGAAUUCUCUUCUACUUCUGUGCAAACAUCAAGUCCAAAGAAUAUAAAAGCAUUUUCUUCUCGAAGAGAAACAUGGGCUUCCCAUGAAAUGGGAAACUGUAUGAUACUUGCAAUAUUAUCUCUAAUACUUCUAUUGUUCCUAAUAAUCUUGACAACCACGCUACUAUACUACAUUUGGAGACUUUACAAAUCUCUUCUUUAUGAAAAGAAAAAGCAGACUUUGAUUAAACUAAUUAAAUUUUCAAGAAGGGAACAAUUUUGAUAACGAAGUGAAUAAUGACAUACACUUUGAAAUUCUAUUUAAUUAGUAUUAGUCUAUUUUACUUGGUCCAAAACAUUGCAUGAUAUUUAGUCAAGUUGGAUUUGGCCUCCUUCUUUGUAAAGAACACAAUUUUACACAUGAUUAGACAUAUGCCAAUAUUGCAAUCGUACUGCCACCCAGCCCAUUAAAUGUUGUGGAGCAGAGGUCUUUUUGUAUUAUAGUUGUCUGGUCCCAAAGUUUUGUUGAGUUUCAAAGGUACAUUUAAUAUCAAAGAAAUGGAUACAAUAUACAUCCUGAAAUCCUUUUUCUUCACAACCACCAACGAAAACAGGAGUGCCACAAAGAAUGAAUGACAGUUAAAUGUUAGAACUCCAAAGACACCCCAGCUUCCCUCCCAUGCAUAAGUAGCAGCAAAGCAACGACUCCUCCACCCCACCAGCAAAAAAAAGCAACAGUACCCCCACCGAGCGCUCAAAUGUACAACAAAGCAUCGAUAAAUAAACAGACUUGCAGUACCCCAAAGACUACUUGCAGUACCCUAAAGAUCUUAGUAUUCAACAUACCACAGGGUCUCUCUCUCCCUAAUAAAGGAAAAGGAAGUGUCCCUGUUUCACAGUGAGAGGGGAGACAUAAAAAACAACUUGUUGAUUUAUGAUGUUAAAAGACAUUUGCGUCACUUUUUCCGAGCUCGGUGCCCAAAGAACUCGGGUCUCUGGGCACACAGCCAGCUCGCUGCCUUCAAUCUUCCAUCUCCCACGACACACCAAUUUCCUGUGGAGGCACUGACCUCAGGUCUGCCUGCUUCCAGAGACACGAAAUCCCAGAAACCUAAAGGUGCUCUAGUCUUCUAGGCCACGUUGUGGGACCCCGACAGCGGGUCCCAUUCCCGCAAAGAACUGAAGUCAGUGUGUAACUCCAGGUCAAAAGAACCCUGAAAGGGAAAAAUAGAGAUGUUAAAGAUAGAAAUAGAGCCGUUUCCGGAGAUGCAAGCAAAGGUGCCAUCGUCCUCCAAAGCUCCACCAUUGAGUGUAGUUCUCUCAGCCUUAAAAGUAUCAUAUGAAUGAAUGAAAGUGAAAUACAGAAUUAAUAAUUACUAUAAUGAUGGAUGUUUAACAAAAUAGACAACGUCAAAUCUAUAAAGCCACAGGUCAGUAGUUGAGGAAUUACUUGUCGGUUAACUAUCUCUAGCUAAACAUUAAAUGCAAACAAUAUCAUUCCAGCACUUCCUUGUAAAGAAAUAUUGGCUUCCAGUGUUUGUUAAAGAAAAUACAAACAAUCACUUCUUUGCCUGAAACCUGAAAGUUCUUGUUAAGCAAAAAAGGAGAAGUCAAGAAACGGGGAACAGUCAUGCAUCAGUGCUCCAUUCCCCUGGUGUAAACGUAGAGUUCAAUGUGAUUCCUCCUUAGUAUAUGCUAAAAUAAAAUGGACAUCUGUCAAACAAAAUGGUGUUAGUUUGGAGUGGGAUGGUUUUGAGAAAGUGCAAGAGAACCAGUCCACGGCAAUGUUUGGAGGAAGUCAAGGAAACACAAGUCUGCAGCCAUAAUACUGAAAAUUGGUGAAAAACACUUUUUUUUCUGGGCUGAACAUAAUAAGAGAUAAGAGGGUGCAGACUGUACCACCAAAGGAUGGAAAAGUAAGGGGUUAUGAAGAGUAUAAAAAGGGGCACUUUCUGUGCAAUUGGGGAAGUUUGUCUUGGGCUACAUCAUGGGUGGUGCUCAUGCAAGAUAGGGAACAGUAUGUUGAGUCACCCAGAAAGAUUUAGAGAGAAAGAAAAAGAGAGAGGUAGGGAAUGAGAGAGAAAGGGGGAGAAAGAAAGAGAGAGAGAGAGAGAGAGAGAGAGAGAGAGAGAGAGAGAGAGAGAGAGAGAGAGAGAGAGAGAAAGAGAGAGAGAGAGAGAGAGAGAGAGAGAGAGAGAGAGAGAGAGAGAGAGAGAGAGAGAGAGAGAGAGAGAGAGAGAGAGAGAGAGAGAGAGAGAGAGAGAGAGAGAAACAGGCUGCAAGAAAGAUUGUUAAAUCUGUGACUUUCCAACAUUGCAGAGAAAGGCUUGUUCAGUGCAUAAGUAUUAUUUUGAUUCCUGUACCGCUUCUACUGUAGACAUUUGUUUUUCUUUCUGUGUUGCAUCUGUGCUAAUUCUAAUAAAAUGUUAUUUUGUGGUUUAA